GACGAUGAAAAAUUGCAAAAGCUCUCAACUUUAGCAUUAGAGUUGGUUGAUUGUCUUGGUGACGAGGAUGCAUUUGAGUCUUUGUUGGUGAUAAAACGGGAUCUGAGUUCAGAACAAUAUGCUUUACCAAUGAAGAGAAGACACGAAAACAAUGAGGAUGAAAUCCAAGAGAGAAAGAGGCACAUGACCGAUGAAGAACUCGGAGAGUUAAUUGAUUUCACUCUAAACAUAGUAAAUAAACUUGAGCCGGAAGAUAAAGAACAUUUAAAUCAAAUUGUUCGACUUGCGAUAGAUAAAAACGAGACAUUUAUAAAUAUUUGGCUACCUCAAAAGAUGAAA